CAACGUCCAGUCUUCCUUGGUGGUCUCCCAUCCAAGUACUGUAUAUGACAAAAGUAUCUACAUCUAGAGGUCGGACGUUAUCCUUUCGACUCCCCUAUCUGUAGUAUGAUUGAAAAUCCAUAUAAUAGAUUACUUGUAAUUGUCGACAUGAUGCAACUCCACGUCCGGCCCAACAACUUGCGGCGUUCGCAAAAACAACAACCAAGCAAAGCAGAAAGGCAAUAGGCUAGUUUAAAAAUGUGUAAAGUACUAACAUAAUUCACAUGGCACUUCCUAAAUUGCUUUAUUUUAUAACUACGCCCUACGUAGCUACGCAGACAUGGAAGGCAUUGACAAAUUGACAAAGGAGUGCGCUUGCAUAUAACGUUAGGUCCAGUGUAGUUUGUUACCAAUCUGCCAGGGGGCAGCACUGAUAUGUGAUCAUGUAGUACAAAUGACCCUAGUAGCACAGGUAUUCAGUAAUUGAAAAAAAUUAAUGCAUAAUGAAUAAUAUCCCGAAAACGUAACGAGCAACGAUUAUGAUGAUAGUUUUCCUUGUGAAUCUGUAGCCUCCAUAGCAGGCUCUUGGGGGCCUUUUUCCGUCUUCGUAGCCAAUAUGGUCUAGCGACCCAGUACAAAAGAAAUGGCUAGCAAAAGUGUAACGUUAUCAUGAGCCAAAAAAAAAGACGGAAAAGGCCCCGAGAGCCUGCUAUAUAGGCUACUUAAUCUGUGUAACCUUUUGAUAUUCAUGUCAUUAAUUUAAAUUAAUUUUAUUGGCGGUUAUUAACAAGAAAAUACGGCGUCAUUUUUAUUUUCAGGCAAUUGCGCAGUGACAGGACAAACUACAGACGCCAUGGUAGACAUCCAGGUCGCCUCGCAUCUGCGCAGUAGGCGGCUUUUUCUGCUGCUGCUGGCCGUCACGAUCGUCAUAGUUCUCCUGACAAUGCACCCCUGGUUCCUGGACAGCUGGUUCCUACGCCGCUCCCGCCCGACGUACGGUGCCUGGGGCGCUCCCGUAGUCUGGGACGACACCGUGGACUAUGACAAAGCCGACAGACAGUUCCCCAAGAAAACCCUUACCGUGGGUUUGAUCACAGUAGCCAUGGGAGGGUAUUUUGCGUAUGUAGAGGACUUUCUUAAAACUGCAGAAGAACAUUUCAUGCCUGGCCAAAAGGUGAUGUACUUCGUAAUCACCGAUGGUUCAAAGAAAGUUCCAGAAAUACCACUCAAGAAAAAGCGGACUGUCUCCGUGAUUUCUUUGAAUGAAAACUUGUCAAAAGGCACCCCGAUGUUGAAGAUGGAAGCGAUCAACAAACUCGUACUGAGAAGAAACGAAGAUUUAAACUACGUUUUCUGCAUGAAUGUGGACUUCAGAUUCGUUGGAAAAUUCGGCGCGGAAGCUCUCGGCGAUUUGGUCGGUACACUUCAUCCAGGGUACUACUGGAAGAACAGAUACUCCUUCCCUUACGAAACAAACACUGACAGUAAAGCAUAUGUAGCGCCAACCGAAGGGGAGAUGUACUUCGCAGGGGGUCUGUAUGGGGGUAACAGGGAAUCCAUGCUAAAGCUGACGGAAAUAUGCGCGAAGACCAGAGCGGAGGACAACAUCAACGGUGUAGAAGCCAUUUGGCAUGACGAGAGUUACUUAAACAGGUACUUCGUAGACCACCCGCCCACCAGGAUCCUGUCACCGGAGUACUGCUUCCCCAGAGACUACUGGUACAUGCCGUGGGUGAAGUAUAAGCGGGUUGUAGCCGGCCUGAAGGACCUAAGCGGGGGUCCUGACAACUUGUACAGUAACAAAACUAAUAAGGUCAAGGUUACAAACGAGUAGAUAUUCGAUAAAUGCUGUCGGUCCUGAUAACUUGUUUAGUAUGUUGCUUUGCUAGUAGUAGUAAGGUAAAUACUACACAUGGAUAGGUAUUCGUUUUAUGACUAAGGGCGGUCCUUAUAUCUUGUAUAGUAGCAAAACUUAAGCAAAGAGUAUUCGACUACAAACAGAUAUUAGGUAUUUGUUAUAAAUAGCGGCGGUCCCAAUAAUUUGCACAGUAGCACAACUAAGAGAAAGACACCAAACGAACGAAUACUGAAGAGAGAGAUAUGAGAGAAAGUGGAUCCCAUCUCCCUAUUCAUACGGCUUGUGACCUCCCAGUGCUACAUAAAGAUAAAUUACAAAUGUGUAAUGAAGAACUAAACCUGAAGUCAGUUGGAGCUGUAUAUAUAUAUAUAUAGUUAUAUAUAGUUGGAGCUAUAGUUGGAGCUGUAGUUAUAUUACAUAUUUUAGAUAUAUAUGUAUAAAAGUUGAGCGCUUGAAUAUAGUUAUCUGAAUUUUUGAAGGAUUUAAGAUGCUGUCUUAAGCAGGUGGUGUUGCGUUUUAUUCUAUCUUUAUAUACUUGUAUUUUACAUACACUCUUUCCUACGUAUCUUGAGCGUCAGAUAUUCAUACAAAUCAUGCUUAAUAAAUACGACUAUUGUGAAGAUUUCAAUUACCCUUCAAGAAACAAUAGUUCUUUGAAUAUACGUAUUUACUGAUAAGGCAAGUACUUCAAUGACAUAAUAAUAAAUUGCUGUUGUGAUCUUUUUUAA